AUCAUGUGUAGUUGUACAUGGAAUUAAUAUCGUGACAGUGACACCGCUGAGGCUGAUGCUGCUGGUGCGAACCCUAUUCAAUUAGUACAACUACAACCGAGUGAAUGUGAAAAAAUAUAUAAUGUACUUAGCCUUACGUAUCUCAAUCACUAUCAAACUGAAACUAUGCUUUUUCUUGACGAGGCUGAGCUGAAGGCGCUCUGCAAAAAGUUUCCGAAGUAUGACUCCUGGAGCAAAUCGCCGUCCGUUUUCACGCCGCUGGUACAGCGGGUGAUGCGCUACUUUGCGUUUCAGCAAACACAAAAUCUUCGGCAGACAAGUCUGAGUGAGGGGGCGCCGGCGCCUGUAGAGGAACGGGAAAAUAAUAGAGAGUGCACCUCGUCCCUCGCGCGACCUGUGUUGCAGAUUCAAGCGAAAAUAAACCUACCACCUUCGCGGCCCAAGAACUCUGCUUCCUCGUCCAAAGACGCUGCUGGCGACACACUCUCUACGUCGCAUCAAAGUGUGCUAGAAGCGGCUGGAGCAAAGAGGCUGGAGAAACUGCUAGGAAAGGUGAAGUAUGGAUUGCAAAAAUGUCUGGGUCUGGAAGGUUGGAACUUGUGAUGCUAGCUUUUGACUCUAAAAAAAUCUGUAUUGCAUGGCCAACAAGAGGAGUCUCGUUUGUGCUAUGCGGGGAGGGCAUUUGUCAUGCGGAGUAGGCAUCAGGAAGCCCUCCAAAAAUCUGUGAUGCUAGGUCGUGCAUUACAGACAUCCUGGGUCGUGCAAAAUAUGCAUGACAAACCCGGCAACAUUCCAGUUCCAGACCCAGACACUUUUGCAUUUGAUAUGAAGCGGCGGCUGCAAGGGGCGUUGCGGACCUUCGGGCAGAAGGUGGUGCAGGAGUUCUACAAGAAGCAGAUUUAUAUAAAUUCGGAUCAGGGCGGGGGUGCUACAGCCGUUGUCGGAGAAAAUCGUGGUCCUACUUUGCUGUCUCUCAACUUCCAGCAUUUUGUCAAGCGAAAAAACGGAACGAGUGGCAAAAGAACUACCGGACGAGACAACGCUGAUGUUCCUGCCGCGAAGAAGAAGAAGCGACCAUUCGGGGAGCCGGAAAAUAUAAACGGAGGUGGUACUGGUUCUGAGGUGGAAAAGUUGAAACAGCAACGAACACCUGCCCCCCCUGUGAGCGGUGCGGCCGUGAUGGAAGUAGAGAAAAAAGAUGAAUGUACUGCGACUCAAGGGAAGGUUGGAUAAAGCUAGAGUAAUGGUUUUUUUAGUUCCCUUUGACGAAAAAGUGUUAGACAGCUGGGCGACUGCACGCCUCUGAUGAGUAUAGUACGAACAUGAAACUUUUUGGUACAUCGUAAUCUUUCGGAAGAACAAGAAAGAGCGCACCAGACGACGUUACAUGAGCAUUUAGGAAUACCCCACCAAAGUUUCUGAUGUCGCUGUCGUCGACAUCGCAAAUUAUAA